UCCGGUAUCGAUUUACCUGUCAAAAGUCAAAAAUCUUUCUUUUUUGACGUUUGUAAAAUUCAUCAACAUCCUCGUGUUUUUAAAGCUUAAAAACAUCUUUCAAUAUGGAAAACGACGCUGGUGAAUUCGUUGACUUGUACUGUCCCAGAAAAUGCUCUGCAUCAAACAGAAUUAUCCACGCUAAAGACCAUGCUUCCAUCCAAAUCAGCAUUGCUGAAGUUGACCCAGCUACAGGCAGGAUGACUGAUACAACCAAAAGUUACGCUCUAUGUGGGGCUAUUCGUCGUAUGGGAGAGUCCGAUGACUGUAUUGUCAGGUUAACGAAGAAGGAUGGAAUUAUUGCUAAGAAUUUCUAACAUGGGUCUUUUAAUCUGCAAGAAUACCAUAUUUUUAAUGUAUUAUUAUCAGAUUAAUAAACCUUAAUAAGUUGUUUUUUAAGUA